AUGCCUUUAGGCGAUCUACUGAAACCGCCCCUAUUAAAUAACACUCUUAUCCCUCAUACUCCGCGCACAACUUGCACGGGCGGUACUCCAAACAACCUCCCGCCUCUCAGCUUUCACUCCGUCCACGGGGAGAAUGUCAGGGUUUCAAGAGAUGGCUCCAUGGCCCGACGCGUGGAGUCUUUCUGCAAAGGCGUCGCGUUCAGCGCCAGGCCCGUUAGAGUCAAUGAGAAGGUCUGCAUUCGCUUCGUCGAGAUCUCAAACAGUUGGAGUGGUGUCAUCAGAUUCGGAUUCACCAACCAUGAUCCUGCUGCCUUAGCCCACUCAUUACCCAAAUACGCAUGCCCAGACUUGACCAACAAGCCCGGCAACUGGGCCAAGGCUUUAGGCGAAAGAUUCUGCGAGAAAGACAAUAUCCUGUACUACUAUGUGAAUUCCUCUGGUGAUGUCCAUUUCGGUGUAAACGGAGAAGACAAAGGACUAUUUUUCUCAGGAGUAGACACAAGGAGCCCCCUUUGGGCCCUAGUAGAUGUUUAUGGUAACUGUACCGCUGUCCAAUUCGCUGACCCAAGAGCCCCAAGCCAGAUUAAGAGACACAGUCCUAUGGAAGAAGAAAGGCUAGUGGGAAGCAUGAGAUCAUUGACUGUAGAGGAAUCGUUACCUCCACCAAGAUAUCAGAAUCCUUUAGUACCUCUAAGUCUGCACAGGACUAAAGGCAGAAACGUACAGUUUAUCAAUGAUAGAGGUGUCGCAGCGAGAGCUGAUGCCGAAUUUUGCCAAGGAUAUGUAUUCACAGCUCGUCCAAUGCGUCCAGGACAAACCAUUGUUGUCCAGAUUUUGGCCACAGAAUCAGCCUACGCUGGCAGCUUAGCUAUUGGUCUAACAUCCUGCGACCCUGCAACUUUAAGACCGUGUGAUUUACCUGAUGACGCUGAGUUAUUAUUGGAUCGACCAGAAUAUUGGGUAGUACGAAGAGAUGCUGCUAAUGCUUUAAGAAGAGGAGAUGAACUGGCUGUCACCCUUACUUUAGAUGGAGAAGUACGCGUCAGCAGAAAUGGAUGUACUGCAAUUACAGUAAUGCAUGUGGACCACACGCUGAGACUUUGGGCAUUUGUGGAUAUUUAUGGAGCUACACAGAAAGUAAGGAUGUUGAGUACACAAGUGCCUCAGCCAGCGCAGACCCCUCCUCAACAGCUACGCGUGUUGACUGGUUCAGCAGCUCCGAUUAAUGCCGGUGCUGGUGGCACAGUCCUCGUUGUCAGUCUACCUCCUCAAAAUGGCGGACAGAAUGCAGCUAAUCAGCAGGGCAUGACCUUAGCUAGCGCGCAUUAUAUUGAGCCAAUUCAAACAUCCCAGCUCUGCUUGACUAGCCUCUCCAAUAUACCAAUCAGCCAACCGAGCUGCAAUUACCAACAGCGUCCACCAAGAACCGACAACCAAUGCUCUUCAGCCAGUCAGAACAGUCAGAACGAGCAAGUACAACUGCCUAAUGGACACUCGGAGCCUCUGCGACUCGUAGAGAGGUUGCCUAGUGGCCCAUCCACGAGCCGCCAUCAACCCGUCUAUUCAGUAAUAGGCGAAGGAAACUUAACGGGGACUGAGUGUACCAUAUGCUAUGAAAAUCCAAUAGAUAGUGUUCUGUACAUGUGUGGACAUAUGUGCAUGUGCUACAGGUGUGCCGUCCAACAGUGGAGGGGCAAGGGGGGUGGCCAGUGCCCCUUAUGUAGAGCGCCAAUCAAAGAUGUCAUACGUACAUACAAGUCCUGA